AAAAGCCGGACGCGAGGAUGCUGUCGCAGAGCGUCAGAACGACGAGGUGGUUGCCGAGUCUCUCGAGGAGAGUCAACAGCCUAAGGAAGAAGCAGAGGCGAAGGAGGAGGAGAAUCAAGAGAACGGAGAGGAAGAUAAGGAGGUUGAUGAGGUGAAGGACGAGGAAGUAGAGGGAGAAGAUAAGAAGAAGAAGAAGCCUGUUCGUGGUGGUGGUAAGCGAAAGAGAGCCACGAAGAAGGGAAUCGAAGUGAAAGCACGAGUGAGCAAACCACAGGAAGAGCCUGAGUACUUCGAGGAUGAGCGUAAACUAUUGGUGGAUUGCUCUAUAGGUUAUUUUUGUUGUAUGCCAGGAAGCACUGGAAGAGGAAGGUGGAUUGCUCUAUAGGAAGAAAGUCUUUCUUUUCGGUUGUACAGAACCCCAGUUAGUCCCAUUCAAAGGUGCAAACAAGAUUCUCCAUGUCCCAGCAGUUGUUGCUGUUGAAUCACCCUUCCCACCUUCUGAUAAGAUUGGAAUCACGUCGGUUCAGAGAGAAGUGGAGGAAAUCAUUCCAAUGAAGACGAUGGAGAUGGACUGGCUUCCUUACAUUCCAGUUGACAAAAGUGUACUUCAUUAGCUAAAUCAAGGUAGACAAGUUGAUAGCAUGGACUUUCAAAUUUUUGUCUUGGGCUGUACCCGGAGGAGCAGAGCUGCUCUCAGACACAUGAAGGAAGAUCUCGUCAAGAAGUACGAGUAUUGCCUUCCUUAUUUCUAUCAGCCAUUUACGGAAGAUGAACUGGAACAGAAUACUGAGGUUCAAAUAAUGUUCCCCUCUGAACCGCCGGUUGUGUGUGAGUUUGACUGGGAGCUUGACGAACUUGAGGAAUUUGUGGAUAAAUUGAUUGAAGAUGAAGCCUUAGCUUCAGAACAGAAGGAUGAAUUCAAAGAAUAUGUAAAAGAGCAAGUUCGAGCUGCAAAGAAAGCUAAUAGAGAGGCCAGAGAAGCUCGAAGGAAAGCAAUUGAAGAUAUGAGCGAAGAGACUAAACUAGCCUUCCAAAGCAUGAAGUUCUACAAAUUCUACCCUCUGCCUUCGCCAGAAACACCAGAUGUCUCUGGCGUCAAGUCGCGGUUCAUUAACAGAUACUAUGGGAAGGCUCAUGAAGUCCUUUGAUUAUCAAAUCUUGAGAACACAGAAUAGGUUUUUCUUGGCAGCUUCAGCAGAAAUGAAACUUAUAUUUUGAUCACAGGUGCUCUCAGAAACUCUUUGAGCUUUAUUCAUAGUUAAUAGACAAGUUUGGACGAAUAGUGUAAUUGUUUUUCAUUAAUGAGGUUGUAAUCUCCUCCAGUAAACCUUGAAUUUUUUUCUUAUAUUGCAAUGGCAUUCACAAA